AUGAAGAUGACGGCAUCGGGAGUCAUGGUGGUGGAAGAUGAGUGGGCCGAACCCAUUGUCCCACUUGGCCUCCUGACUAGCAAGUUAGGAUAUGUGGCGUCAUGGAAGAAAGGGCGCAUGACCCUAAGCCACCCCAUUGAUGGAAAGGUGGAGGUCUGCAUGAGAAGUGGAUGUCCUCAGGUAUCCCGGCUUGAUGCCUUGAGGAUGAUUCAGAAGCUGGAAGAGGUGGAGACGCCAAGAAUGCAGGCCCUGAAGCUUAGCCAAGAAGAGAUGUGGCUGUGGGGGUUGAUGGAAGCCCAUCCGGUACUGAGGAUGUUGCCGGAAGCCAUCAAAAGAAGAUUGGUGGUGAAGCCAGCAGAGGAUCUCAGAGGUAUCCCUGAUGCAAACCGCCGAAGAAGAAGAGUGAUGGCAGAACAGGGGUUCGUGGUUCACCUCUAUGCCGGUGAGAGUGCCGGGUACAACCUCAGCCGAGCGUUCAAAGAAGCAGGAGGAGAUGGACGAAGGCUGGUGGAAAUAGAUGUAAAGAGGGAAAACCACGAGAAGCACAGGAAAGGAGCACACGAUAUGCUCGAUGAUGAGAAUGGACCUUUUGCGUCCCUAUUGAGGAGUGCCUUGGAUGGAUCGCUGCUGGGCAUUGUCAUGGGCCCAAAUUGUAGGACGAGGUCAAUUCUUCGUCACUACCCGUUGGCAAUCCCAGGAGGAGGUCCUCGGCCGUUGAGGAGUUGGGAUCAGCCAUGGGGGAAAUCAGGUAAUACCCCAGAGGAGCAGCGAAAGGUGGAGGAUGAUGAUGUGUUGCUUUGGAGGGGACUGAUGUUGUUCAUCAUCAGGGAGGAGGUCAGGAAGGCGCUCCACAGUGACAAAAUUCCUGUCACAAGGUUGGGAUUGGAGCAGCCAGCAGAUCCAACCCACUACAUUCCCGAGGUGGUCACGCUCUGGAAGACUGAGGAAUGGGAACUGCUUCGAAGCAUGUACGACCUUAAAGCCCAGAGCUUUAAGCAGUCAGCCUGGGGAGGUCGAGCAGUGAAACCCACGACGUUUGCUGGCAACAUCACUCUGAGGCUGCCGGAGGAAGACCAAGCAGAGAGCUUUGAGGAGUCGGCAGCGAAAGCUCAGGUGAUGAACUCAGCGGAGCUGUCAAGAUGGCCGCCGGGAAUGAUGAAGGAAGUUGCCAUGAGGAUCCAGCAGGAUGUCCUUCGAGCGAAGCUGAAGGCGGCCAAGAUGUCAUGGGCAGAGCAUCUGGAAAGGGGGCACACACCGUUUCGACGUGACUGUAGAGUGUGUCAAGAAGCAUCAGCCAGAGGUCGGAUGCAUUCUAAGGUGAAGCAUCCCAGGGCAGGUGUGAUGAGCCUGGAUGUUACCAGUCCCUACAAGAAAGGGAAGGACAUCGAUGGUGAAGCCAAGUUCAUGUUGAUUGGCACCUACACCUGGCUCAGACCCCCCGAUGAGGAAGAGGCAACAGAAGUUGAUGAAGAACCAGAGCUCGAAGCCCAAGAAGAUGAGGAUCAGUGGCCAGAGAUUGAAGAUCAAGAAGCCGCACAAGAGGAAGAAGAAGAGCAGGCAGAAGCAGCAGAAGACCCCCAGGAAGAGCAACAAGCAGAACCCCCACGAGCAUUUGAGCAGCCCCCUGAACCCCCAAAGAUUGAGGUGAUGAGAAUCGGCAUUCCCAUCAAAGGGAAAACACAAGAAGCAGUCUUGAGUGGCUUCAUUGAGUUGUACCUUCAGUUGAAGGUAGAUGGUUUUCCGGUGCAUACAGUGCACACGGAUCGAGGAGGUGGAAAAAGACGAAAUCCAGGAGAGGAGAAGGAUCAGAGAGAAGAGGCCAAUCAGGGAUGGAGGACUGGAAAGCCUUUUGGGGAUCAGAAGAGAAUGAUCCAAGAAGAGGCACAGAGCGUGGAGAUGGACCAGCUGGACAACGCACUGCUCACCUUUCAGAAGAUGGACCCUUGGAAGAAGGUGAUGAAAAGGGCGGAGGGAGCAGAGCAGGAGAUUCUACAGACAAAGAUAGUCUCUCCGCAAGAGCUGGUGAAAGAUGUCCACCUCUGGGAUGAAGCCAUUAAGGCCGAGCUAGAUGCUCUCCUUAAUGCCAAGGAAGCUUUGAGGAAGAUCACUUCAGAAGAAAAGGCCAGGCUAGAGGAGAGGCAUCCCGACCUGCUCGUGGUGCCCUCGAAGUUGGUCAUCACGAGAAAGGCAGGUGGUCGCCGAAAGGUGCGGAUUGUGGCUUGUGGAAACUACGUCGAGAAGACAGAGAAAGAAGAUGUCUUUGCUAGUGGAUCAGAUUCCAUUAGCUUCCGCAUAGCACUGAAGAAGAGCUUGGAUGAGGGAUGGACAGGAGCCACAGCCGAUAUCAGAACGGCGUUUUUGAAUGCACCUCUCGGUAGGUCGGCAGAAGCUUUGGAGGGCCUAUGGAAGAAAGAAGAGCUCGAGGAGCUAGGCCAAGAAGUAGUGGUAGUUCUGGUCAAGCCACCAGCCCUGCUGAUCAAGCUCGGCUACAUCAGCCCCGAAGACUGGUGGGUCGCAGUCAAGGCGGUCUACGGGCUGAGACAGAGCCCCAAGGCUUGGGGUGACCACAGAGCCCUGGUUCAAUCCACCACGGACCCAAACGUCUGGAAGAUCGUGAAGAGGUCCGGUGGGCUGGAUGAGGAGAUGGAAGGGCUAUGUGUGGUGUAUGUUGAUGACCUGAUGGUCUUAUCCCAAGAGCACAUCGUCAAGGAGUGCCUUGAGAGGAUAUCCCGAGAGUGGGAAAUAAGCACCCCGGAAUGGCUAAACGAGGUCAAGCCAGUCAAAUUCCUGGGGAUGGAGGUCUUGAUGGGCACAAAGAGUGCUUUCAUCACACAAGAGAGCUACGUACAGGACCUCCUCAGACGAAAUGGCGAAGAGGAAGGCCAUAAGUCUGGAAUUCCGAUCUCAAAGGAUCAGGUGUUGAGGCUGGAAGAAGAAGACCACACGAAAAGCCCAGAAGACGUCAAGGCUGCACAGCGUGCCACUGGCGAGCUGAUGUGGCUUGUCACACGCAGCCGUCCAGAUUUGAUGUUUGCAUUGAGUAAGAUGUCUCAAGCCACACUGAAGAAUCCCAAAGAAGUCCUCUUGGUCGCCAAGCAGGUGUGGAAAUAUUUGAGGAAGACCAAGGCAGAAGGUCUGGAGCUGAAGGCUGGCGGUAAGGACCUUGAGGUUUAUACAGAUUCCUCCUACGGACCAGGUGGUCUCGACUCCCAAGGAACUGUAUUGGUGUUAUGGGGAAAAAGCCUCAUCAUGUGGAAAUCGGGCCGACAAGGAGCGCCUGCCCUCUCAACAGCUGAGAGUGAGCUGACAGAGGGAAUUGAUGGAAUGAUCAUGGGGGAUAGUGUGGAUGUUCUCAUUCUGGAGCUCAGCCAGGAUACAUAUGCCAAGGUGAUCAAGAUAGACAACACAGCAGCAGUGAGCUUGAUGACAGAAGCUGCUGGAAGUUGGCGCACACGCCAUCUGAGAUUGAGGGCGUCCCAUCUGCGGUGGAGGAUUGGACGAUUGGAUUGGGUGGUGGAGGCGAUCUCAGGUCAGGUGCAGAUUGCAGACAUUGGGACAAAGGCCCUCACAGCUCCGAGGUUAGAGGAGUUGAAGCAGAUGAUGGGCAUGAAGCAGAGAAGAGAUGAUCAAGAGGAGGAGAGGCAGGAGCAGAAGGAUUCAGGAUCGAGCCAGCACAUGAAGAAAGGAGCAGAGGAGACAGGGCUUCAGGAGGCAGGAGCAGAGGUUGAGAGGAUUUUGAGGAUGCUCAUCCUCCUCUGCAGCGUCCAACAGGCCAAAGCUCAAGAACAGGAAGAGGAGGAGGGUUGGAGCUCUUUAGCUCAACUUGUAGCUCUGACGGUGUUUGCCAUGAUCGGCGUCACGACAUGCAUAGGCUGGAUGGUGAGGUUGAUGACCCCAGUGAGGAGGAGCUUGGAAGAAGAAGAAUUGAAGAAGAGAGUGAAAGAAGCACUCUCGGCACACUCGAGCCAGAGGGGCGCGAGUCGCGCACAGGAGUCAAGCCAUGGAAGGGCGACUCCGACGAGGAAGGAGCAGGGCCAUGAGGAUGAAGGAGGAAGACAGCAGCAGACGGCAGCCAGCUCAACAUCUGGAGUUCACACACCAGAGGAGCCAGCAUCUAGUUCUCAAGCAGUCCCCCCAUCCCAGAUCUCCGUGAAGGCUCCGCCACCAAUUACCAAACAAGCUCCGCUACCAGCACCAGCCAGCACCCAACACCAGAGAACAGUGCCAACUAUGAGCGGGAACACAUGGACCCCGGGAGAAGAAAGAGGCCAGAGGGCGGUGAGAGGAAGCAUCCUAUCACCAAUUUUUGUGACUCCAUGGGGUGCCCGCUAUCAUGAAUACACAAGUUGUCCUACUUUGGCCAACACAAAGAGAUUUGUGCCGUGUCAGUGGUGCGAUGUUUGCGCCCCACUCGGAAAGACUGGAGACCAACCGGUGUACACGUGUGGACCGGGUUCGAAAGCGCACUACGAUUCCGACUGCGUUGCGAUGACUGACUCUGGAAGAAAGUAUCAGAAAUGUCAGCGCUGCGUGGAUGCGACUUAG